AAACGACGAUGCUCGCUUUGACGUCAAUGAUCGUCCCCAAUUGUUGGUUCCUGAGCGAUAAUGCUCCCCCUUGCCUCCAAGCUCCAGAUCGUCGAGGCCCCAAACUGCCUCCGAGCUCUCAACUAGACUAGCUUGCCGGCAAAGAAAACGAUGCGUUUCAUGGUGGAGGGACGCCUGGAAGGCUAUCAAUAGGCGAUCGUGGACUGCAGCUUGUACGCGUGGAUAGACUUUUAGGUUGGGGGAGCGAAUCAAGCGAGGGUUGCGUCUUGGUGUAUUUUGCUUAUGUUGCUGACAGAAGUCGAAGCAUAAUCGAUUCUCCCUUUCUUUCCUCCCACCUGCCUCCUCUCGCUCUCGCCAUCGUUGUCGCAGGCGGCCCCUGAAAUUCGCAUUUCGCUCUUCGCUUGCCUGUCCACUGCUGCCCCUGUCGCUCUCGUUGUUUGUCCCUGCUGCUUUCGAUUCUCCCUCUCCUUUUCCUCUUCCCUUUUUGCCCGUCGUUUUCCCUCUCGUUCGUUGAUUAGACGGCGGGAACGAACGCGGAACGAACGUUGACGAUGUCCGACUACGCAUAUGCCUUCCAGAAUCAAACGCCAUAUAGCGCCUUUCCGCCUCAGAAUCAACACCAGCACCUCCCGAACACCCCCAACCACGCCACUGCCUGGGACGCCCCUCACGUCGCGUAUUUUCAGCCGGUCCAUCAGUCGCGGCAUAUCUCAAACCCGAGUACGAGUUCCGUCGUGAGCGUCACCUCCCCGCCUCCGAUGACGGCUCAGCUCCGACCCACAUCCCAUGCGUCUUCCCAGCCAUCGGCACAGUCCCAGCCCUCGUCGACGCUUCUCUGGACGGAUUUGGAGAUAUGGAUGGACGCCGAGUAUGUGCGUCAGGUGUGCACGCUGCUGCGGUGGGAUGUGGCCGUGCGGGUGCCAUUGGCCGGCUCUAAUGAAUUGGCAUUGGCGGGCAUCCGCCUCAACAUCAACCCGCCUCCGACUGACGUCCCACCAUUGAACGCGGGUUUCUGUGUUUUGACGUUUUCUUCGCCGGGCGCUGCCGCUGCUGCACUGACACAGGUCAAAACACCGUCGCACUCCGCCCCCACUAUCACGCAUUCAAACGCUUCCGGUGAUCAAGUGAUGACUAUGCCGAACUCCUCUCGACCCUUUGUACUUAAUUGGGCGCCGACGGGGAUCGCAGCAGCUAUUUCUGCACCACCACUGGGAUCAUCGGCUGCCAAUAUCAAUGGGUCGAUGGUUUCGACCACGCCUGCAACCUCUCACAGCUCUGCGGCACCUGUCUCGGGGUUCACUUACAAUGGACCUUCAUCGCCCGUUGUAGAAGCCGCUGCCCCUGGGGUGUCGCCCAAUCAACAGCAGCCGCCCCCACAGUAUCCACGCGAGUACAGCAUUUUUGUGGGCGACCUGGCUCCAGAGACAUCUAAUAGCGAUUUGGUGGCUGUCUUUCGGAAUCCGGUCCUCGGCUUGCGCAAUGACAGGGCGCCGAAAUUCAUUCGGCCUUUUGUCAGUUGCAAAAGUGCUAAGAUCAUGUUGGAUCCCGUUACUGGUGUCAGUCGCGGCUAUGGCUUUGUCAGGUUCACGGAUGAAUCGGACCAGCAGCGUGCCCUGAUUGAAAUGCAUGGAUUAUAUUGUCUAUCCCGACCGAUGCGCAUUUCUCCGGCCACGGCUAAAUUCAAACCCCCUCCGGGGCCAACCCCCGACUUCGCUACGAUCCAGCCCAGUCCUUCGACGACAUCGAACACGACCAGCAGCUCGAGCAUGACUAGUUUCCCCAGUGUAUCAUCCAUUCCCACGUCUGUUUCUGCCUCAUCAGACGGCAAUCUUUUGUCGCCUCAGUCACAUACUCCAGGCGUGUCUACCCCAGGAUAUUAUCAGCCCCCGCUCAGUUCCCUCGAUUCGUAUGGCGGUGGUCCCUCCAAUGGCCACUCUGAGGAGUGGAAACAUCAUGCACAAGCACGGGCCAUUCUGGGACACAUGAUCGGCCCUAAUGGCGAGCAACUCACCAGCACUGAUCCUUAUAAUACCACUGUGUUCGUUGGUGGAUUGAGCCCGCUUAUCCAAGAGGACACACUCAAGUCGUUCUUUAUGCCGUUCGGAGAAAUACAUUACGUCAAAGUCCCGGUCGGCAAGCACUGCGGAUUCGUUCAAUUUGUUCGUAAAGCAGAUGCAGAACGAGCGAUCGAGAAAAUGCAGGGUUACCACAUUGGGGGUAGCCGGAUUAGACUGAGUUGGGGACGAAGUCAAUAUAAAGCUGCUCAGGCUGCUGCCCAAGCUGCCCAAAGUGCUGCUCUCCAGGCCUCCUCUACCCCAACUCAAGUUCCGAACCUGCAGCCGAUCAGUACACCCCAACCACCAGCCCCAUCUGUUACAGCGAGCCUGGCAUCCAACUCCAAUGUUAAUGUCUCAAAUGGACCGAACGGGAUGACGCCAGCCAUGCUGAACGGCUUGACACAUGAACAGGCCAUCCUGCUUUUGCAAAAGUUGGGCAUUCAGGGUCUGCCUUCCAACGGCCAGUCUGGAAAUGGCGGUGAUGUAUACCAGAAUGCAAACCAGCAGCAGCCUGCGUAUACGGAGGACAGUCUGAAGAUGCGGCGGGACGAUGGCAGCUUGGCAUUCGGAUAUCCACCCCGAUCUUCUUACGAGAUCACUUCUGCCAACGGAGGAGGCACCUUCUCGCCGUUCUCGCCGGAUCCGAAUCGUGCUCAGCAGCAGGGGACAACCCUCGCUGCAGAUCUACUGGGGAAGCGCCGCGACUCGUAUGCUGGAAGCACUGGCUACAGUGGCAUGGGAGGACUUUCGAGCCAGUCUUUCGGUGGCCCCCCAUUCUUCCAGCCUCCUCAUGGAAAUGGAAGAGCGUCGGGAUCUCCGACUGGAGCUUAUGGUGGAGGCGGGUUUGCCGGUAGUCCCCCGGCGUACAACCGUUACUCCGGCCAGCAGCAGCCGAUCUCGCGGCCGACUUCUGGGCCGCCAGCUCGCGAGCGAAGCGAAGAUUUCGACGCGAUGCACGACCUGAAUGGGACGCUUGCCAGCCUGAAUUUGGAUCGGGAGCGGGAGCUGGAUGUCCCAGACCGGUCUUGGAGUUUGAAAAGUCCGCUGAUGGAAAAUGCGAGCACGAGCGGAGACAGUGCCUCCAGCGGCGGCAGUGUGCAGUUUCGGCUGACCAUGGGACGGACGCCGUCGCCUUGAACGAAUGAUAUCACGAUCCUUGCUUUCAUCUUCGCGCCACCCUUCGGAUGGAAUGGAACAUUGUAAUCUGCCUUACACUUAUAUUCGGCCCUUCUACUCCCGGCUCGCUCAUUCGAAUAAUUGGAACCGACUCGGCGGUUCUUCGCGCUGUUUUACGACUUUUUCGAUGCCGCUUUAUUGUCUCGCUACCUUGCACAGUCUAUGCACAGUCUAUCCUGUUUUCCCAGCUUUUGUUUCGGUUUUCGCGCACAGCUAUACUAUUAUAACUGGACUACCAUCUCUCUCUCUCUCUCGAAAAGCAAAUUGUAGUUCCGUUUACGCUACCAUUCCAAUUGAAUCGUGUUCUGG